UGCCAAGAUGGCGGCGAGCAAUUAUUAUGGAUUCACGCAUGGUGCCGGUCCGCAGUACAGCACCCAGCCAGCUACUGCCUACUCCCACCCGACCACAGCCAGCUACAGCGUGCAGCCGGCCCCUGGAGUGGCCCAUGCGGUGACCGCCUCCUACGCUCCCGCCACCGCCCAGGCCGCCCGGCCCGUGGCCUCAGCCCCCUACCCCGGGUACCAGGCCCACCCGGGGCCCGACUACGGCUACGCGGCCCGGCAGCAGGACCCCGCCCCCCAGCCCACCACCACCCCACAGACCUACCAGGUAUACAGCGACACGCAAGAUAACUACAGUUAUGGGCGUGCAGCGUCCACCACCAACUAUGAGAGUAAACAGUACUAUCAGACCAGUGCAGCACCCGCCCAGAGAACGCCCACAGAGACCUACUACCAAACAGGUGCGAAGACCGGCUACAGUCAGCCCAGCACGGUGUACAGUCAGCCCCCGCCUCCGCAGAGACAGGUCACGGCCUUAAAACCCAUCGCCCCCGCCAUCUCCGUGUCCACCAGCUACAACAUCUACCCCCCGUCCACUAGCGUUCAGCAGCCGCCCACCCCCAUCUCCUCCUACGCCCCCAGCUCCUCCUACAACUCCACCGCCGCCACCUCCUACUCCGCAGGCAUCAGCUACUCCAGCUACGACACGAGCGCCUACACCUCCACGCCCUCGUACUACCAGCCGGCCCAGCUGCCCCCGCCCCAGCCCCAGCCCCCGCCCCCCCAGCCCCAGCCUGCCGUGCAGCCGCCCCCCAAGCAGCUCACCAGCUCGUCCUGGAGCACCGCCGGCAGCAACAUGGUCACGGCGCCCGCCGUCAACACCUACAAGAAGCCGCUGUUCCACCAGAGCAAGAUGCCCAAGCCCAAGGGGCCCCCCAAGCAGCCGCAGCUGCACUACUGCGACAUCUGCAAGAUCAGCUGCGCUGGUCCCCAGACGUACCGGGAGCACCUGGAGGGCCAGAAGCACAAGAAGAAGGAGUCUGCGCUGAAGUCCGGGACGCAGAUGAGCAACGGGCUGCGCGGCGUGCAGACGCAGCUGCGCUGUGAGCUCUGUGACGUGUCCUGCACCGGAGCCGACGCCUACGCCGCCCACAUCAGAGGGGCCAAGCACCAGAAGGUGGUGAAGCUCCACACCAAACUAGGAAAGCCCAUUCCAUCAACAGAGCCGGUUCUGGUGAACUCCGCCCCUGUUGCCACGACGACCACAGCUGGUAAACCCGCCCCCCCCACCGUCACGCCCGCCGCGGCCGCGCCGGUGAAACCGCCGGCAACCAACCCCAGCAAAGCUCCUCCCCCGGUCAAGAAGCCCGCCGCACCCAAAAUCACGUUCGCCGCGAACAAACCCGCUGCUCCUCCUGCAGCCAAGGUGGAGGAGGUGAAGCCGGCCGCGCCCAAGUCGGACCCCCAGAGCGACGAGGAGUACGCCGACGGUCCGGGGGGCCCGGGGGACGUGCAGCCCGUCGGACACGACUACGUGGAGGAGGUUCGUAACGAGGACGGCAAGGUGAUUCGCUUCCACUGUAAGCUGUGUGAGUGCAGCUUCAACGACCCCAACGCUAAAGACAUGCAUCUGAAGGGCCGCAGACACAGGCUCCAGUACAAGAAAAAGGUGAACCCCGAGCUCCCGGUGGAGAUCAAGCCCAGUAACCGCGCGCGGAAGCUGCAGGAGGGCAAGCUGCGGAAACAGAAGCAGAAGGCCGUGCUGAAGAGGCAGCGCGACGACGAGCAGCGCUGGCACAUGGAGAUGAGGCGCUAUGAGGAGGACCUGUACUGGAGGAGGGUGGAGGAGGAGCAGCUCUACUGGGGGGAGCAGAGGCGCAGGAUGGUCCCCCCUCCCCUCAUGAGCCGGCCCGGGAUGCCUGUACCCCCCCUACUGCCCGCCCGCCGGCCCGACUCCCCCGACGACCGGCACAUCAUGGCCAAGCACUCCAACAUCUACCCCGUGGAGGACGAGCUGCAGGCCGUGCAGCGCAUCGUCUCUCACUCUGAGCGCGCGCUCAAGCUGGUCUCCGACAGCCUGCUGGAGAAAGAGGGCCCCAAGGCCGACGAGGCCGCCGGAGACACUGCCGGUGCGGACCCCCAGACCCGGAUGCUGAAGGGGGUGAUGAGGGUGGGGAUCCUGGCCAAGGGCCUGCUCCUGCACGGGGACACCACCGUGGAGCUCAUUCUCCUGGCGGCCAGGAAGCCCACCGUACCCCUCCUGAAGACCAUCGCCGAGCAGCUCCCCAAAGAGCUGGCGACGUUUUCUGAAGAUCAGUAUGAGGUGCAGGCACACCCUGAGGAAGCCAACAUCGUCAUUUUUUCCAGCAAGGAGCCCAAAAUGCAGGUGACCGUCUCCCUCACCUCGCCCCUGAUGAGGGAGGACCCUGCCGCGGAGAAGGACGCCAAGGCGGGAGAGAAACCGGCCGAGAAAGGGACGCCAGAGGUGGAGACUGAUCUGCCAGAUGUACUGGACAAGAAGAAGUGCCUGGAGUCCCUGGCUGCCCUUCGACACGCCAAGUGGUUCCAGGCUCGCGCAAAUGGCCUCCAGUCCUGUGUGAUCAUCAUCAGAGUGCUACGGGACCUGUGCCAGCGAGUGCCAACCUGGGGGAAGAUGCCCGGAUGGGCCAUGGAGCUCCUGGUGGAGAAGGCCAUCAGCAGCGCGUCCGGCCCCCUCAGCCCCGGGGAGGCCAUGCGGCGCGUCCUGGAGUGCAUCGCCACGGGGAUCCUGCUGCCAGACGCCCCGGGGCUGCUCGACCCCUGCGAAAAAGACCAAAUGGAUGCUCUUGAAAGCAUGACCAAUCAGGCCAGGGAGGAUAUAACCGCCAGUGCACAGCAUGCGCUACGGUUGCUGGCGUUCCGGCAGAUCCACAAGGUCCUGGGGAUGGAGUCGCUGCCGGCGGCCAAGGCCGGCGCCCGAAACCGCAAGCGGAGGAGAGACGGCAGCGAGACGGGAGAGGGGGAGGGCGAGGGGAAGAAGGACAAGAAGGAGGACGCCGAGGACGUCUGAAGAAGUGCCGAUGCCCGCUUCCCGUUUUUUUCAGAAGUCCUCGACCUUCCGUUUCUCUUGUAUUAGAUACACUAUACAUCCGUAACGAUCAUAAAUUCAGUUUUGCAUCUCACAGUGAGGAUUCGCGGUGGGCUAUGACGCGCGCAGCUCUUUCCCGUAAACCGUCUACUGUAGAUGUCACUAAAGAGUCGCGCUUUCAAAUUCGUUUAAAUGUCACUGAAACCGAAAGAAAAUUUUGCAUCAUUCCAUUGUAAGGAUCUUUGCCCCCCUCCCCCAACGCACACACACCUCCCCAUAGCUACCGAAUACAUGCAGUCCCUGUACCAACCACUGUUACUUUACUUUAUUUUUUUAAAUAGUGCACUUUCUUUAACUUUACCUAUGUCUUUUCUUAUAGAAAAGAAAAGCUGAAACACCACCUUGCAAAGGCCAGUUUAAGUGUUUUUAAUUCGUUUAAGAGAAGCGCGGUUUUUAUUUUUUAAGUUGCAUGUAUAGAGUUGUGUGCAGGACGAGAGGCUGUGGGCAUGCUAGGCGCUCUGGGGAAUAUUGUGCACAUGCUCCAGAGUGACGACUUGAUAUGUGCUACGUAGGUAUGAAGACAAAAGGACAAUUUUUAGUAAUACAUUAUCUUGUACGACGCUGUUUACAGUGCCCAGACUACAGGUGUAAGAAUUUGGAAAAACGUUACGCCUUGAAACCAUAAAUAAGCAUAGCAAUUACUAACCAGAUGGUGUUCACUGGAACCUUUUUUUUUUUUUUUAAAGAAAAAACCAAACAAAGUAAGCUAUGAAACGCCAUCUUUGCGCCAGUUGCUAAUUUGGUGCGUCUAGUGGGUGGUCGUUUCCUUUCAAGAUGGUGUCUCUUGUAAAACUUGACACAAGGGUGUGAACAUGAAUAGCUGAGAGCAGCGCUGGUUCGUGGGCGAUGACCCUUCUGAAAAAUGCACACUUAUGCCUCCGCUGCUUGAGUAAGAACUGCCCAAAGGGACACUUGGUCGAGGCGAGAUUGUGCGUCGAGUCAAAUUUGGAAGCUUUAAAAUGUAACCCGAGUAACCGCUCUAGUAUAAAGACGGGUUUCUCGCGCCAAGACGAGCUUUUCAGAUCUAUUUUGGAAGGCUGUUGUGUGGCCAGAACAGGGCGAGGAGAUGGAGCACUUUGAGACAGGCUAUGAGAAGGAUAUGCAGCUAUAUUUGGUCAACCACAAACGCCAAAGGUGUUUGGCCUGUCAUUGUUGAGCCUUGGGCUGGGAAAGAAAAAAGUGUACUUGUACACGGGGAUUUUUUUUUUUUUUUUGUAAUUUAAAAUGUUUUUUUUUUUUUUUUUUUUAAAUACACCUUUGGGUAUCCCCUACAGACGGGUGUUUGGCUCAUGUGGUCACACUUCAUUUCGUCUACAACAUUAAUUUGUGUUGUAUAAUUCAGGCACUUUGGAGAUUUCAUAUAUUUGGUAUGAAUAUAGGAAAAAAAACUAAUAAAUGUGAUGAAAAUCUGGAGAAGAGUUGGUAUACCCUUGAAAAAUGCACAGGUCUGAGUGUGUGUCUGUUUAUGUACUGAGCUUGUGCAAUUCAUGGUGAUUUCAAUUAAAAGGUUCACAUUUAACAUCUGAGAUAUUGCUGCCCCCCCAUAUUUGACUUUAAGUUCCGAGGAGGAUGUUACAAUCAAUUUUGUUUUGUAUGUGUAAGGACAGUGUGUACGUUGCUUUAAUAUUAUUUGAAUGUCGUUGUAGUGCUGCCUAAAAUCAAGAGAAAAUAUUAAAGAAACUAAGAAUA